AUGGCACCCAGAGCAGCGGCGGAAACGCCAUCACGAGCGACGAGGACCCGCUCGAAGAGCCCCCUCCCGGCGAUCGACGCCAAGCAAAGCCAGGCGUACGGGGCCCCUGGCAAGGCCAACCUCGGGUCGCAGCUCCGCAGCCAGUCCGCUGCCUUCUCGCAGCAAUUUGAGGAGAGCCGCACAGCAGCCGCUGUGGUGGCACCGGCCUCCUCUGCUGCUGAGAGAAGCGGCGGGCUGGUCGAGGAGGGAAGCGAGGCGGCUUCUCUUGCGCCGGGGCCCCGUCGCCGGCAGUACAGCGGGCGACCAGCCCCCAUCCCAGAAGAGCGGCCGGCGGAGAUGGGCACCCGCCGCGCCCACCCACCACCACCACCACCACCAGACUCGCCGAGUCUUCUCGGCCGCGAGGCCACCGUCCUCGACCACAACGCCCGCUACGGCGGGGCGUUCGCUGCUGCUCGCGCGGGGAUCUGGCGCCAGCUCAGCAACCCCAACUCGCCGAUCUACUUCGUCCUGCUGAUCGCCAUCGUCUUCCUCGGCGGCAUCUUCUCCGGCCUCCUGGCACUUUUCGUGCCUGUACCAGCGAGUGUGGUGCCGAUUCGUGAGCAGUUCGCGCUGGGAAUGCACGUCGCAUUCCUCAAGUACCCGUACGAUCGGCCGCCUGUUGUCUGGGAGCGCUACACCACCGAAGUUCUCGACAUGUUCAAGCAAGAAGCCGCGAAGAUCGACGGCAUUGCACAGCGAUCAGUCGAAGCCUGGCUCGAGAAGCGGCCGUCCAUCGGCGUCACCAAAGACGAGCUCAACACCAUCAUCCGCUUCCACCAAGUCCACAACUCCUUCCGGGCGAUGCACAUGGUGAACUGGUUCUCUGUCGGCUUGGGCGCUCGCAUCGACCCCUACCUCACAUCCGCGACCAAGAUCAUCGGCUCCAAGACCUGGCUCGGCGCACUCUACGACUCCAUCAACCCUCUCAACAUCCCGCCGAACCCACCCAUCACUGCUCUCCUGAAGUGGGACGAAGCUACAGAAUGCUGGUGCGGCACUCCAUCGAGCAGCGGCUACGUCCAGAUUGCCAUCAUGACACACACGAAAUUCUACCCCGACCGACUCAUCAUUGAACACAUCCCGCGAGCAGCAACACUCGCCCCUCAAGCAGCGCCGAAAGACUUCGAGGUCUGGAUCGAUCUAGGCUCAACAGAAGAGGUCAAGCGCGUCCGCGAUCUCUACGAUGGCGACUCCAUCCUCAACAUAAACGGCCCAUGUGGCGACUCCCCAGGCAAGACCUGGUACUGCGUUCUCAAGAACGGCUACGACAUCAACUACAGCAACCACGUGCAGACGAAGUAUCUCGCGAUCUCAGCAGCCUACGAAAAGAUUGCGACCAACAAAGUCCUUGUGCGUGCGACAUCGAAUCACGGUUCCGACUACACGUGUUUCUACCGCUUGCGCAUGGCUGGCCAGCAGAUCCAAUCCAACGACGACGAGCAGCAAGACUACCGGUCCGUCGCUGACAUGGUCGGCCAGCCUGAUUGA